AAUCCCCUUCAGAACACUCUCAUGAGUUCCACUGGGUUCUUUAUGCCAUUGGAAUCCGAUACUGCGUCCAGAUACUGUCCAUUAUUCGACUUUCGAAGCAACCGGAAGGAGAAAUCAUCGAUACCCAUUUCGCGGUUGUGUGUGAAAAUGAAGGCGGCGACAGUACCGUUCGAGUCAGGUAUGAGCUUCGGGUUCAAGAAUUUGAUGGAAACGUUCACGGUGAAUGUGCAGAGAGCAGAAAGUAGGGCACUGAAUGUUCCAUUGUUUGAGCCGUUUACUAUUGCGUCUUCGAGGCUUGAAAUGGUGGAGAACGUAGCGAUAAGGAUCGAGUUGAGUAAUGGGUGCGUCGGAUGGGGUGAGGCGCCGAUUUUGCCUUUUGUCACUGCGGAGGAUCAGCCUACCGCGAUAACGAAGGCAGGGGAGGUUGGUGAACUAUUGCAGCAGAGACCACCGUGUAAUUUGGGCUCAGCGAUGAUGCAGAUCGGCGAGACUCUUCCUGGCCAUGAAUUUGCUUCUGUUAGAGCAGGAGUUGAGAUGGCAUUGAUUGAUGCAGUUGCCAACAGCAUUAAUAUACCUCUAUGGAGAUUGUUUGGUGGAGUUUCAAACAGUAUAACCACCGACAUAACAAUUCCUAUUACUUCUGCUUCUAAUGCUGCCAAAUUAGCUGCGAAAUAUCGAGAUCAAGGAUUCAAGACGUUGAAGUUGAAGGUAGGAAAGGAUCUAAGAGCUGAUAUAGAAGUUCUGCAGCGCAUCAGAACGGUUCAUUCUGAUUGCGAAUUCAUCCUGGAUGCCAAUGAGGGAUAUGACACUGAGGAAGCUAUUCAAGUUCUUGAUAAGUUACAUGAAUUGGGGGUGACUCCGACUCUGUUUGAACAACCAGUUCAUAGAGACAACUGGGAGGGUCUCGGAAUUGUUAGUCGUAUCGCUAGAGAUAAAUACGGGGUAUCUGUUGCAGCUGAUGAGAGCUGCCGGAGUUUAAGUGAUGUUAAGAGAAUAGUGGAAGAGGAUCUUGCAGAUGUUAUAAAUAUAAAGCUUGCCAAAGUUGGAGUUUUGGGGGCAAUUGAAAUUAUUGAAGUAGCAAGGGCUGCUGGAUUGAGUUUAAUGAUUGGUGGUAUGAUAGAGACUCGACUUGCCAUGGGCUUUUCCGGUCAUCUUGCUGCUGGUCUCGGGUGUUUCAAAUACAUCGACUUAGAUACACCACUUUUAUUGUCAGAAGAUCCAGUUCAUGGGGGUUAUGAAGUUUCUGGUGCUGUCUACAAGUUCACAAAUGCCAGAGGCCAUGGUGGUUUCCUUCACUGGGAUAACCUUGCUUGACGAUGAUUAUUUUCAGUUGAAUCGUCUAAAUUAACGGAACUUUCGCUUCAUGAUUUCCCCCGAGCCGAAGUCUUUCAGAGUGCAAAUUUCUGGGCAAACCUGGUUAGUGAAAGUUUGAACCUUGUAUUGAUAAAUAUGGGCGAAUUCUGUAAUACGUUUCAUGAAUGUUUAUCAGUGCUCAUACUUGAUGGAUGUAAAUUUUGUUUCUACGGUUGAUUUUGCAAA